GUUUUGAUGAGUUCAAUCGUAUCAACAUUGAAGUAUUGUCUGUGGUAGCUCAGCAAAUUUUAUCAAUUCUCUCCGCUCUUGCCAGUGGUCUCUCACGUUUUGUAUUUGAAGGAAGAGAAAUCAACCUUGUAUGGUCGUGUGGUAUCUUUAUUACUAUGAAUCCAGGUUGGUAGGAUUCUCAUUUUACACAAUGCGAUUUUGUAUUUUAGAGCUACUCCGCCUAAUAAUAUUUGGUGGAUAACGUCAUCUGACGAUGAACUGAGUAUAUACACGUCAUUGACAUUUAGCAAAAUCUUAAGCCACCUCGACCACUGAGCUCCAUAUAUAUCUGGAGCGAGAACUUGAGUCCAAAAAGUGAAGCCACCGCGCAGACAAAAACAAUAGAAAGGGACUGGAACUGACGUCCAAUAGCUCCUGCAAUUUCCGCCAUCUUGGCAAGGAGUGUGCCGAAAUGUCGUAUUUUGAUAUCGAUUUAAAGAAUAGCACUAUGGUUUUAUGAACUGAGUUGGUUAGCGAUACGGUCCGUUAGAAAAAACUGGAAUUAGCUGGGAAAAAAUAUAUAAAAACUGUUUACGACCUUCAGAGCUAUUGGACGUCAAUGGCCGCCAUCUUGGCUUCACAUUUCUUAUAGGCCGAAUGACUGAAGUUCUUGCUCCAGAUAUAUGGAGCUCACUGGCCUCGACAAAUCGCAAAAUGUACUGGGAAGAAAUGUCAGGAGCUUGUGUUUAAGCCCUGAUCAAACGCGAACGCAAGCCAUCGCAAGUAAACUUGUACUAACUUGCACUGAAUUGCGAUGGGACCGAUCAAACGAUACGCAAGUUAUCGCAACAAUUCGCAAUAUUUGGCCUGCGUACGGGUAAUUUUGUAAUAUUGCAAAAAUGUGAACAAAACAUGGCCGCCAUUCAAACCCAUUUAAAACGAAUGUCAAAACUUUUGAAAAUGCCAUGUAAAAUGAAGCGAAAAGCUGCCAUAUCAUUGUGUUAUUUUCUCUACUUGAUGAAGACGAAACGUCUCUUGGAAACGUGGAAAAACAAGAUAAUGGAUUAAGCGAAGACCAGAAAAAGGUCAUUUUUAUAACAGCGUGAGAGAGCAGGGAACUAGGGACUAUGGUUUCCUUUGGUUUCCAUGGAAACUGGUGUCAAAAAACUUGCUUGAACUUGCACUUCGUCACAGAAUAAGAAGGUACAGCAGAAGCGUCACUCGGGUCGGUUCCCUUAUUGUUUUACGUCCACGAAAAUUUUAACUCGCUCACGCCAUCCUGGCUAGUACAACCGGAAGUUUUUAUCAGGUUUUGGUAGGUAGAAAGUGCCGGUUGUACUAGCCAGGAUGGCGUGAUUGAUGACGAAUCGCUUGUAAAAACGCGGACAAAUAUUUGCUUGAGUGACGCUUCUGCUGUACCUUCUUAUUCUGUGACUUCGUGAUCAAACGUAUCGCAAGUGCUCGCAAGUUUAAAAAAGCUUGCGAUGAAGUUUGAACCAGCUCAAAUCAUUCGCAAGUCAACGCAAGUUGGUGGUCAAACGAGGCGCAAGCAAGCGCAAGCCAAAACUUGCGAUGACUUGCGUUCUCGUUUGACCAGGGCUUAAGUCUUAUUCUUCUGAACGUUAACAGCAAAGGCAAUAAAACAAACGACAAAAAAACAAACAACCAGGCAAACAAAUCAAGCAACAAACAAACAAACAAACAAACAAACAAACAAACAAACAAACAAACAAACAAACAAACAAACAAACAAACAAACAAACAAACAAACAAACAAACAAACAAACAAACAAACAAAGUUAACAAACAACCAAAUAAGCAAACUAGCAAUAUAUUAGCAAGACAAGAAAUAAUUCAGAAAAUAAACACACUUUCCGUGGCUGACAAAUGUAACUUAAUUUAGGUUAUGCUGGUCGUACUGAGCUUCCAGACAACUUGAAAAGUAUGUUCCGACCAAUAUCUAUGGUUGUCCCAGAUUCUGCCAUGAUUGCUGAGAUUAUUUUGUUUGGUGAAGGUUUCAAUAAUACCAAGGUUUGUCAACAUAUAGUAAACGAAUGUUUGCGCAAUGUUUGUGAUUGUAUGCCACUGAGGUGACUAAACUUUUUAAUACAUGUAAAACUUCUUCAAAGCAAUCUUUACGCCCAAACCUUAAACCAACGUAUAAAAAACGGUUUGAUAUUGUGUCUGCCGUGUUUUACCAGAAACGAACAUCCUUUAAAUAUGCAUUUUUGUUUUUGACCACAUGUUGAAGACUUAAAUUUGUCAUCCAACAUGGUGGCCAGAACCAAAAUACGUUUAAAUACUUUAAAGUCGCUAUUCUUCCUAAAACUCAACGCGAACAAUAUCAAACCGUUAGCUGGCAUAUUUCACGAGGUUUUAAUGUAAAAUAUUGUGUUGAAAAAGAUUUGCAUACGAAAAGAUUUACAUUUAUUUAGUCACAUGACCAAGUAUGUUUUCCCUGGUUUAUAAAUCCACACGUACUAUUUUAAGCAGACUAAGGUGGCGUGACAUCUAAUUGGAUUCGAACCCUUCGUCAGGAGGUUGUUACUAUACAUACAGACAUUAGGACUUUCGGCGAUAAACACUUGGUGAAAUGCUGUUUUUGGACCAGGAACUGGUCCCCAUUCACUGCUAAUGAUAAUCGUGUCGUUGUCGUUGUUGUUGCUGUUGCUGUUGUUGUUAGGGGGCGACACUCUAAUAGUUGCUCUUGUUGUUAAGGGGCGCGACGUCCAUAAUACUACCCGCACUAAUUACGUCACGUAUUUUGCAUAUAUAGAAAUCACCCUUUUGUUGUAAACACCCAAACUUCAUUACCUCUGGGAGUUUAGAAUGCAUUGUAAUCGUACGUCUACGUCUCUAUACCAGCAUGUUAAAACUGCAUAAAUUGUACAUGAAAUUUCUAAUUGAAAGUUAAAACGACUUAAGAUUAGUCCCGUUGACUCAGUUCGAUUAAAAAUGGUUCAACUGCAUGACUAUACAGAGCAAAGAGUUUUGAACAAUACCAAAAACAUUUAAAUAACUUCCCGUGCGUAAAAUUCGAUUCAAUUGUAUUUACGCACCCAUGGGUUCAGUAUAGGACUCAGACAUUCAAAUUAUAACAAUUAAUAAGUAAUUUCUAAAGUCACUUUUUAUUUUAAAACGUUUUCGCUUUGUCCAAAUAUUUUAACGCCCGAGUCAAGCAAAACGAUUACACUAAUAAACGGUUUGCUUUUUUAUUUUAAAUUCCAGAAGCAGAAGUUUAUGCACCUGUGGGAUCAACUUAGUGCUAGGGCAUUCAAAUUAUAACAAUAGAAUAAUUUCUAUAGUGUACUGUACAGGGUGUAUAAAAAAAAGGAGACCUUUAGAAAUCAAGCAUAUUGUUAAAAUUUGAAUGCUUUUUCAAUUGCGCAUAUGCUGAACCGUAGUGCGUGAAAUAUUGAUGGGGUGCAUAUAUUAGAAAAAGGAGACCUUUAGAAAUUGAAAUAACGUUUAAACAAAAGAUUGUCUGCUCCUGGGAACAAUCUGCCAUGCAUACUGUACGACUGUACGUAGAUCGCAUGUUACGCACUCGUGGGCUUAGCAAAGUGCUCCAGGAUUCAAAUUAUAACAAUGGUUGAUUUCUAAAGGUCUCCUUUUUCUAAUAUAUGCACCCAUCAAUAUUUCACGCACUAUGGUUCAGCAUAUGUGCAAUUGAAAAGGCAUUCAAAUUUUAACAAUAUGCUUGAUUUCUAAAGGUCUCCUUUUUUUUUAUACACCCUGUAUAGCACAAUGGCAUACAUUUUUUUAUGCAGGUUUUAGCAAAGAAAGUGCAUACAUUAUAUUCGCUGGCAGUUCAGCAAUUGUCAAAACAAGAUCAUUAUGAUUUUGGUCUGAGAGCAUUGACUUCAGUUCUGCGUUACGCUGGUAGAAAGAAGAGAUCAAAUCCUGACAUGUCCGAUGAAGAGGUAAUAGAUUAAUACUUCAUGUUAAAUCUGAAUGUUGUAUCGCACACUGCACAUGCACAAAUCUGUCCUGUCUUCUGAUCAAGCCGUAGACGAUUGAGAGGAAUUCUCGAUUGUCUGUGAUCAAGGUAUGAAAAUCGAUGUUGAAAGAUAAAGCGUAUAUUAAAUCUUCGUUCAAAUGCCAUAACAUCUUUACAAAACAAGAAAUUGCAAACCGGACGAAACGUUACGACCCUGUAAUUAUAAGAUAAAUUAUUACAAAAUUAUAAGAAAUUUCAAACAAUGUUUUUUUAAGGUUUGUUUGCCCUGAGUGUGUCAAACAAGUCCCUUUCGUCGGUAGAGAGUUUGGCAACUGUCAACAUUACUGACGUUUUUGUAUACGAACAAAAGCAUACAUGCAUGCAUUGCUAACCUUUAUUUGCCACUUAAAGUACUUAAUAUCUUUCUUUACAAACAACUCGUAAGUGGCAAUAAUCAUGUGAAUUCAUAUAAAACACCCCCAUGUCUUCGAACGUUUUAACCGUUAAAGCGGAUCUCCACAAGACGAUUUUUGAGGCGCGAUUUUUAUGACGAUCGUCAUAUCGCCGUUUUCGCGAUCGAUCGUCACGAUCGCCGUUUUCCACUGGGCGGAAUUAGGGAGUUUACGCAUGUAAGACGGCGACGUCAGGACGACGGCUAUCAAUACAAUGACAUUAAUCCUAUAGCACAAAAGAAAUGAAUAAUUAAAAGUUUUAGUAGGGGUUUUAGACGUCGUCCAUACUCUGUUGACAACCGCAAAAGGCAUAUUUCCACGUCCUGAAAAGUACGCUAGCGUUUCACGGCGUAACAGGUAGUUUUUCUAGCAGAGUUGAUCAAAAUUGCUCUGAAGGUUAAAGCUCUGUUUUACCCGUUCGAAACUAUUUUAAAUUCAUACGAAAGAAAAUACAAGACAAGAUUUCCAUACAAUCAUAAAAUUUCAAAUAGUCUGUUUAGCCGUCGUCCUGACGUCGCCGUCUUACAUUCGAAAAUUCCCUAUAUUUUGCGCGCGGAGCGGAAUUUCUCUUUGUCUUUUCUAAUUAGUUCCACCCGAGAAAUCACAAGACAAAGAAAAAUUCCGCUCCGCGCGGAUUAUCCCUCCUAGUGGAAAACGGCCUUUAGAGAAACUAGCAGCAAGAAAAAAAGCGCGGAAUCUUAUUGGUUAAAAAUUUGGCGAUCGUCUGGCGCUCGAAGAAAAGUAGAACUCAAUCCUACUUUUCGUCGAGCGCUAGACGAUCGCUCUUCGAAUAUUUUUUUCAACUGCGCAUGUGUCGCGAAUUGUUUUGACGAUCGUCUCAAAAAUCGUCUAGUGUGGCUCCCUAGGGUUUUAUUCCCGGGGCUUACGUUCUUCGUAUAUAUAUAUAUGUAAAGUGUUGCGUGCAUGUAUUAACUUCAAAAUACGAACGAACAAAUGUGUGAACUUUGCUUUAGUUAAAAUCAUUAAAAGAGUUCGAAAAGCCAGAACGAUACUUGGACGUGAUGUUUUAGAAUAAGAUAAUGUAAAUUUGUUUUUUCAAGCGGUAUUCUGGACGUUUUUGACCGCCGUACGCGAGGGUCGCAUCGCGAACAUAGGGAUACGAUACUUAUAAAAUAAAGAUGACUUAAAUAAUGAGCCCUCUACGAGUGAAAUGAGCAGGGUCGAAACUCCACAAACAUACCACCAUAAAAACUGAAAUUUGAACGGGCUUUUUACGAAAAUAUCGGACAAAAACAUAGCACUAACUCGUGCGGGACGAAUUUUGACAAACAUUUUCAAAUUAAUACCAACAAGUCAUAACCAGUGAUUACCUAAAUAUCUUUGCCAAUUUUACCAUUAACCGACACAGUAAAACAGUAUAUCAAACAUAAUUUAUAUUUUGUAAUUUAAAAAAAGAAUCAUGCCUUGUUGCUUACGAAAUACAUGUACACGUCAGAUGUGAUAAUUGUUCUCGUCACAUCUCGUAAAAAAUGCCAAAAUUAAACCUAAAUUUCUCCCUUUUCCUUCGGUAAUAUUUUUUAAAACUUUGCACAUUUCUUAAUAUCGGCACAACAAGUGCAAUAUCAACCUCGUACUCAGGAUCUUCCCUGGGAACGAGGUUGGUGCAAUAUCCUUUUUUCUUAAAAUUCUAUCGAAGGGAAAAUUUUUAAUAUUGAUUUUUGACGUUUUUUAAAUUUUCUAAGAAACGUAUCGAUAGAUUUUUUUAAAAUUGAAGAAAAAAAAUCAUACCAGUAUUUAUAUCUUUUUGCAAAGUUUCAAAAAAAUUACCGAAGGGAAUUUUUAAAUGGCCUGAAAAAGACAAAUUUUGAGCUUUAUUCUAAGCAUGCUGUUGCCAUGGUAACAUACUUUCAACACAAAAAUAGCAAAUUGCAAUGUUCAGGAGAGCAUUGUCAAUUUGUCCAAUAAAUUUCGUCUUCAUGUCAUGUAAAGUGAAGAAACAGGAGUCUCCUGGAUACUGUAGUGUCGUAAUGCAAAAACCCUAGGGAGCCACCUUAAGCCACUAAGCCUGAUUAUGAUCGAGCCGCGAAAAUGAUGUAAAUCACGUAGCAGUUCGUAGCAGUUUGAACAACUGCGGCGCACCAGAAUGCUCAAGAGAAUACAAUUUAUAAUCACCCUUGACUUGGAGAGUAAAUUUGGAGAGUAAAUUACGUCUUCACUGACGUUGCCCGGCACUCAGUCCUCUUGGUUCGGUUUUAACCUUCCAUCUUUAGGUUUAUCGCUGACAAUAAUUUCCAGUCAAAAAAUGAAUGACUGACUUAAUAACUGACUGACUGUUACUCCUCUUUUAUGCAGAAUAUAAAACUAAGUUUUCUUGCUGUAGGUUCUCUUACUGUCAAUGCGUGACAUGAAUAUUGCAAAGUUAACAUCUCAAGAUUUGCCACUCUUCCUGGGUAUAGUUCAAGAUCUUUUCCCAGGAAUUGAGGCACCUGUUAUUGAUUAUGGAAAGGUACAUGCAUUAUUUACCUAUCUUCACGAUUUCAAUUUUUCAUUAUAUAUAUACUGCAUGUAGGUGUAUAUAAUGAAACUAUACUUUUGUUUUAAUCAAUUUCAUAUUUACUGUUUUUAGCUCCGAAAUGUGAUUGUGAAGGAAUUAAAGGAGGCUGCCUUACAAGAACAUCCUACAACUGUGUUAAAAAUUAUUCAGCUUUAUGAAACUAAAAACUCAAGGUACAUACUAGUUACUCUGCACAAUGGGGAAAAAUCAGUAAGCGCGCUCUAUAUCAAAAGUCGUGGAUUUCUCAUGCAUUGACUGCUACUUGUCAUUGUACUCGUCGCACAAGAAAUCUGACAAGGUGGUUUAGGAUACAUGUAAAUACCAUAGAAGUAGCUUCACUUGCCCCCGGUAUUAGUUGCAGUUCAAUACAUAACCUACAGACUACCUUUAAAACGUAUUGUUGUGACAUCAUUGUAUGUAUACUCUCUUGUGGAAUGCUCUCGUGGUGUUGAUAAAGUUCUUCCAUUUUUAGACAUUCAACAAUGAUUGUUGGUAAAACUGGUUCUGGUAAAAGUGUAAGUUGGCUGACGCUACAACAAGUUCUGUCUACAAUGAAGAAAGAAGGAGUUGCUGGAUAUAACUUAGUCAAGGUACGUACAUCUUUUGCUCUCCAAAUUAUGUUACCUUUCUGAACGUUCUGGGUAUCGAAUCUAAGGCCCCGCGUUUACACUGUACCGGAUUCGCUGGUCACGACAUCAGUUUUAACAGUCAAUGAAAUAGCUAAACAUUUAUAAUGGUAGUAACAAGCAGAAACUACGGAAGUUAUCGAAAGAGUAAACUUUUGUUGUUAAACGUUAAGCUCCUGGGCAGCAAACGAAGAUGUCGUGACCAGGGAAUUUCGGUACAGUGUAAACGGGGUCUAGGGUCUCUGGUUUAGUCACUUUGAUAUACAGUGUCGUGACCAACCUUGCGUGUGUUGCAAGCACAGACGCCCUGUGUACAAGGGUGUGAUGUGACUACUGAGCUACUGGGAUGCCCAAUUCGAGAUACUAAGAAACGUUGGUCCACGCGGGAUUCCAAGCCAGAUAUGCGACGAACUCGUUACAGGAUUAUGAAACGAUAAAGGCUGAGCAGGAAUUAUGAUAUUAGUCAGAGCACUAGACGUUAAACCUCGACUUAUUUGGGUAAGACAAGUUAUAUAAUAAUUACUAUAGUACACUGCUGAGAACAUCAAGUAACACUAUUUUGUACUUAACUGACUAUGUAGAAACUUCAUAGUUACAUAGAUGAGGUGGACAGGUAUUCUUAGAUUAAAAUAUUGUCAGAGCAGUGAAGAAGUGAUUUUGAGUUUCACGAGAACUUCAACGUUUCGAGCGAAGGUCGUUUGUCGGGACGUUACUGGCGUUGCAACUCUCAUUUUCUCAAAUCUCAUCAAGACUUUUCGAUUCAGAUCUAAUGCAAAAUUCUGCAAAUAAUAGCCUAUCAGGCUUUCAUGGUUGUAAGCAGAUUGCUAAAGCUAUUAUGUAAGGCUUCUUGAAUUUAUUAAGUGGAGACGCCCCCGUCGUCAUGUAAUGUCCGCGACCGCAUGGGCUACUGAAAUAAAGAACUGACAUUUCGCUUUGUUUUUACCAGGAAUAUCCAUUGAAUCCAAAAGCGUUAUCUCUUGGUGAGUUGUAUGGUGAAUUCGAUUUGAAUACAAACGAAUGGACGGAUGGUGUCUUAUCUAGCGUGAUGAGACAAACAUGUUCAGGUGAGUGAAUAUGUUUUCAUAAUGUUUCGUCUGGUGACAUCUGCACCCAUGGUGUGAACAGAAACAUCAUUGAUCGCCGCGCUUCGAAUCGAGUACAAUUACGAGAGCGUGGGGACGAGGUUGGUACAAUUAAGGAUUUGAGAAGUAUAGUAUUUGAAUUUUUUGUCAAAUUCACGAUUUUCUUUAAUAUUGCUCUAGAAGGUAAAUUUCAAGGAAUUGAAUCAACUCCGAAAGUGUUAUUUUGUCACCAAAACGAUGACAGGAUAACACUUUUGGAUUCAACUCCUCGAAAUUCAUGUGCACUCAUAUUCAUACACCAUUCUGAAUAUUUUUGCUCAAGUUCGUUUCCAAGCCCUGCGUAGAGCAGUACAAUUAAUGAAAUAGUUCAACUCUUUUCAACUAAUCAGAAUCUAUAGUGAAUUAGUAAAUAGCAAUAAUUUCCAUGGAAUACCUUCUUCCUUAAGUUGCAUAUACCUUGAGAUUCAUGAAUUUGCUCUGCCCCUGCCUAUGUAUGGAAGUGAUUGGCGACAUUUUGCUAGGAGACAGGCGGCUUCGGUGGCGCAAUCGUCAGAGUAAUCAUCUUUCAUCUCUAUGAUCGUGGGUUCGAUUCUCGCUACGGACUCAUGCAUGACACUUUGUGAAAAAGAGUGAGUCAACGCUCUACCGAAAGUCGUGGGUUCUCCGGGUACUCUGGUUUCCUCCCACAGCGAAUGUUGACAGGGUGGGUUGGGAUUAGCCCCCUAACUGACCCUUCCACCGUAGCUGUGCUCCGUGAUCAGACAUGAGUCAUAGGGUGGCUGCCAUAGGCGCACUUAGAAAGCCUUCGACUCGAUCAGGUUGAGCUGCGUCCCUCGUAAUUCAGCUUAGCUCUCAGCUGCAAGUAAGGAUGAUUAGCACACCCCACUUACUCACUCGAUUGAGACUCUCUGGAAAACGAAACUAUUUCCCUCGAGAGCAGACGUAUAUUAUUUCAGUUGUAUGCACAAAGAGUAAUCAAUUGUUAGUGAGUCAAUUGACUGAUGUUUGUUUUGUUCAUUCAUAUAUAUAUUUCACAUCUAGAUGAAAAGCCUGACGAAAAAUGGAUUGUUUUUGAUGGUCCUGUUGAUACAUUAUGGAUUGAAUCAAUGAACUCAGUUAUGGAUGAUAAUAAAGUACUAACGUUGAUAAAUGGAGAACGUAUUGCUAUGCCAGACCAGGUACGUCCUCCACCAUAAUAUCUAUUGUAAAUGGACCUUUUCAUUAUUAGCAAUGCUUUAUCUCAUUUUGGUCCAAUCGCUCAGACAAAGGCAUCAUACUUCUCAUAGUAAUAACAGUAAUUCGCCGUUACCUAUAUGAAGACGUUACAAAAAUAUUAACUUUGUUGGACCACAGUAAGAUAUGUUAGUAAAGGAUGAAAUGAACUAAUGCCCAACAUCAAUCUAGUUGUACCAACAUCAAUCCUGUUAAUAUUAAUACAUUUUUUAUCUUAAUAUUUGUUUAAAAAAAAUUUAAAAAUUGUUACCAUCCAACAACGCCCCAUGCUACAGGUUGCAGAAUUUUGGCACUCGUUCAGAAAUUCAUCGUCAGUCUAAAUGCCAUUGGAUGAAUUUCAGUAGGAGUGCUGGGGAUUAUAUGCGGCCUUUUCCUUAAAUGACUUUUUCUUCAUGUGCAUGUAGGUUUCUUUGUUAUUUGAAGUAGAAGAUCUCGCAGUUGCUUCCCCAGCUACAGUCAGUCGUUGUGGAAUGGUGUUUAAUGAUAUUGUUGAUCUGGGAUGGCAACCUUAUGUUGAUUCAUGGUUGAGUAGAAGACAAGAUAAGGUUCGUACAAAGAAGAGUCAAAAAAUAUUCUGUGCCCUAAAUGUGUAGUUGUAUGGUGUAGUAGACUGCAGUGAUUAUUACAUGAUUAUUGCACUCUUGGCCCGAUGGUCUCGUUUUCAUGUGGUUAUUGCCUCCUGUUUCAUGCACGAACUAUUUUCCGGUCCAGUUUCAUACUGGAUCAGGAAUUCAGCUUCGCUGAUGAGCGAUCCGGUCCUCUCUUGAACCGGACAACUAACGGUUUUCGCACCAACACAACUUUUAACUCAAUGUAUUGAAUCUUGAUAUUGAAUCUUGAACUAAAAUCUGUAGAAUCUAAACUAAAAUUUAUUUCAAUGUAGAAAUCGAUCGAACAUUUACAGAGGCUGUUUGAUAAGUUUGUGGAAAAUUGUCUUAUUUUCCGUCGUAAAAACUGCAAGGAACCAAUCCCGACAUCAGAACAGAAUUCUGUUGUUUCCUUGUGUGCGUUGUUUGAUGCCUUGGCCACGGAAGAGAAUGGAGUAAGUACAGUGUGGAAUAAAAUUCUGUGAAAUUAUAAAAAAAUAUAGAAUCAACUCGAAUAAUCCUUCAUUGAAAGCAAAGGUGAAAGCUCGAGAUGAACACGUGUGGGGGUGCUUGGGGAAGUCUAUCGCCCUCCUCAACAAGCAUGCUUGCGUUCAUCACAAUCUCUAUGUAGAGGCCUUGGUACGAGGCUGGACUGUAUGAUAUUUUUGUACACUUUGGUUUUGUUAAAGCGACUGAAUAAUUACAUACCUUCGUUAUUCAAGGGCUGAUUUUGAACCCGAGUUGACAUUUCAGUUCGGCUGCUAAUGUGUAGCAGGAAGUUAUAAAUAGGACGUGGACAAAAAGUUUCUUAAGAAAGAAUGUUUAGAAACAAUGCUCGUAACAGCAGUUUAAAAUUUGGCUUUUUAUCUGGGAAUGAUUUUAGGUACAUCCAGGCGAUGAGAACUACCCGCGCAUGAUAGAACUGUGGUUCUUGUUUUCUCUCAUCUGGUCAAUUGGAGCAACUGUGGACGAAGACAGUCGUAAGAAGAUGGACAAUUUCUUAAGAGAACUUGAGGGGCAGUUUCCAAGCAAAGUAAGGAAAUACUUUAAAUGCGCAUGCAUGAUAAGUCAAUGUAUGGGCAUUGUAGUAAAGAAGGAAGAGUGAAUAGGAGGAUCAUGAUACCACACUUCUGCAGCUGAUCUUCCACAGCGGGCUCGUAAAAUUUUGUUGACUAGUUGAGGGCAAAAACAUUUUUAUGACUCUUGACGAAAUUCGUGGACCCUGACAAUCGAUGCAUGGUUUUAUUGUUCUUAGCCUCUUCCGCUGCAUGGCAACUCUGGUAUCUAUUGAUUUCAGUCAAAACGUCAGAAUUAACAAAAAUUUGACCAAGUAGCUAAUCUACACUUACCAAUUACUCCAAGUCCGCGCGUUCUAUUAUAACUCUACAACGUCGUCAACUCAGGUUUUGAUUUGUUUUAUUCAAUGCUACUUCUUAAUCGUUGUUUUCUCAGGAUACCGUAUAUGAAUAUCAUGUUGAUAUAAAGCAACACACGUGGGCCUCUUGGGAAGAUAAACUAAGAAGUGGUUGGAGAUAUAAUCCCAGGUUAGUUCGUACUUGGGCGUAGACUAAUUCUUGUAUACAUGAAGCUGGCAGUGGGGAUUAGCCCAUAGCCCAUGUGUGCUCCAAAUACGUUACUGCCGUACAAAUUCAAGUUGUUUAUUCCUUUAGUGAGCCAUUUUACAAAAUCACAGUACCAACCGUGGACACAGUACGAUAUGAUUUCCUAGUGUAUAACCUCAUCAAAGCUCAUCGACCUGUCUUACUAACCGGACCUGUUGGUACUGGUAAAACUUCAGUUGCUCAGGGUGUGCUAUCACGACUGGAUCCGAAGACUUACUCUUUCUUAACUGUCAACAUGUCUGCUCAGGUACGAUUAUACACCGGUCGUGAUUCAAAAAGAGAUAUUUAGUAUACUAGUAUACCUGUUAAAAAGGGCCUCGACAUGUCUUCUCAUGUAUGAUAAGCUUAGCUACAUGAUAAAAUUUACACGUCAAGGGAUCUACACCGCGGUUGAAAGCCUGGCUUCAAGUAAAUCGCAAGAAUCGCAGAGAUACGCAGGUUACAAUCGGUGUGGUUUUUCGAUUACGAUUGUGAUCCGUACCAUUCUUGUUGUCGACUAUAAGGUCCUGCUGAUCAUUUAUGCAUGAACUUGUGUUGCAUCAUUAAGAGGGACCUGGGCUAAGCAUAUCUACUCAAAAUCGUCCGUCAUUUUCGCUAGCUUCUUAAAAUCGGCUCCGGGGGGGUAUAUGUGUGUGUGUGUGUGGGGGAGUUGAUGUCAAGUCUCUUUCAUGUCAGCAUUCCCACGAUCCCAUCUCCAUUGAAUGCAACGCGUGCCAUUUCAUCUUCACUCUCAUCUCACCCCAGUUACUUAGACUCUACCACUAAACUCUACUUUUUACAAUUAGACUACUUCAAACAAUGUUCAAGAUAUCAUCGAGAGUAAAGUGGAGAAAAGAACAAAAGGUGUGUGAAGUUCUGAAAGUGUUUUUGCAUGGUACACCACUUUUUAGUGAUCAGAAAGAAGUCCUAACGUGCUAUUUGGAAGAAAAAGUACAACGGGAAUUACCUUCGUGUAUAUAAUAUAAAUCAAGUAUUAAAUAAUUGAAGAAUUCUGAAUUACGUUUAUUUCAGGUGUCUACGUCCCUAUCGGCGGUAAGCAGUUGCUGACGUUUCUGGAUGACUUCAACAUGCCUGCAAAAGAUACAUUUGGGUCACAACCUCCGCUCGAACUGAUCAGGCAGUGGGUGGAUUAUGGAUUUUGGUACGAUAGAUUGAAACAGACUGUAAAACAUGUCAAGGUAAGGCGUCAAAAAAUCACUACUUUAAGUUUUAACAGAUUGUUGACACUAUGAAGUGAAGUAUCGUAAGUUUGAACAGAGUACUGUAAACGUCCUUCACAUACUUUUGUAAGCACUUCAUGACAAAGUUUGAUUUACGCGAGAUGAACUUAACUCAGCUAAAGCAAUUAUGGUUUUUGGUCGAAACCUGUUGUAUUUCACUGUAGUUGAGUAGUUCUUUAUACUGUACUCUAGUUCUCGCAGGAGGAUAAAGACAGAUAAUAUCAUGCAUGCAUGAAGAAGCAUGAGAAAGGAAUUACACUAAUUUUACAAAUAAACAAAAACGCUGUUUUAUUAAUCAUUUCUAUUGUACUAUAAAAAAGGGAUUUGGUCAUUAUAUUAAGUAAACAUGGUUCUAGUAUCAGUGUUUUAUCUACUUGUACUAGAAAGGUAUUUGGUGAACAUAAUCAUGGUUGGAUAUUUUUAGGAUAUGCAUUUACUUGGUGCUAUGGGUCUACCAGGUGGUGGGAGAAUGGUCAUAUCUCGUCGUUUACAGAGCAGGUUCAACUUGAUCAAUAUGUGUUUCCCACAGGUACCAUUUUGUUCUAGAUUAUGUUUCGUCUGUCUACACACAUUGCAUAACGUUAUGUAUAAACUAGAUAAAAUUAUUCACCAGGGAAUUCACUCGGAAACAGAGUAGGUACAUAGUUAGCGCUACAGGUACAAAAUAUCUUGUAGCCAGACUAAUUUGUUGUAUAAUUUUCUGUAACAUUGGCAGACUCUUGGGUGUAGUUAUCCUCGAGGUUAACAUAAUGCAGUUCUUCUCUGCAGAUGGGUAGGGAUUCAAUUACAUCCCACCUCCUUUUUCUCUAACAACAAUUCUGUAUUACAAUUCUGCAUUGUUUAUCCUUCAUUAUAUCUCUUGUGUUAGGAAAGUCAAAUCAAAAGAAUAUUUGGUACAAUGAUCAAUCAAAAGCUACAAGAUUUUGAAGAGGAAGUCAAGCCACUGGGUGACAUAAUGACACAGGUACAGAGUGUAUUUCAAAACCGUAUAACCUAUUCUAUAACUCCAGUUUACAAAAUUUGCAAAUCAAUUGAGCGUUGAUCCUUUAAAACGGUUGAUUGUUUAAUUGUUACAAUCUGAGAUGAAAACUCUAGCCAGCUGGUAGUACUAUAAUUGUACAACACGGACGUACAUGCUAAAUGUCACUUGUAUUUCGUGUUGAUGAAUAAUUUCCCAUAAUUCAUAAUGUAUAAAUUAGACGUGAAUGCUAUUUGGUGACAAAGUGUACCUGAAAUUUAUAUAAAUCAGAUAUCCUUCACGGUCAAGAUUUCCUUGGUAUUUUUUCAUGAAUUAUUAUUGAGAAUUGCAAGUUUUUAUGUGUCAUAUUUGUAUAGUUUUUAAUGUUUUAUUCUUUUGAAGGCCACCAUCGACGUGUAUAAUACAAUUGUAGCCAAAAUGCUGCCGACCCCAACGAAAAUCCACUACCUGUUUAACUUGCGAGAUAUUUCAAAGGUAAAUAUUUGAAAUGUUAGUUGAUAUUAAUGGCGGCAUCUCUUUGUAACCUGAACAGAGAGGUUAGUUUAUGUUUUUGAUUAGAACGGUUCAAACAGUUCAUCGUGUUUAUGAUGUGGUGUAAUAGUCAUUUAUUUUAUCGCAGGUGUUUCAAGGUCUUCUUCGUGCAAGAAAAGAUUUUCAAGAUACAAAGCCAAGUAUGACCAGACUGUGGGUCCAUGAAUGUUUCAGGUACAUUUUAGUUCUCUUUUAAUUCCAUAGAAUAUUACAGUCAACUUUGGUAUAAAAUCAGGUCAGAGUUGGAAAUAUGGAAUAUUUUUCUCAACUGUUUAUUGGAUUGUAGAAAACGUUGAGUAUAAGAAAGGAUAGAUUUCCUGAUAUAUGAAAAUUAUUUUCGUGCGAAAAGAAUUGAAUUGCUAUUGAUAGAAAGUAAGAAAUCAUAGCCAUAGACAAAUUCCCAAAGCUCAUGCAUUGUAGUCGUGAAAGAUUUGCACUAUACCCUUGGGAUCUAUGAGUUAUAUUUUUUAGACAAUUAGAUCCAUUUUGUUUAUCGCUCCCUACACUACUGGAAUCCAACACUCAAGUUAUUUAUAACUAUAUAUUCGAACAUUUUCUCGCUUGUAUAGGGUGUUUUCAGACCGUCUAGUCGAUGAAUAUGAUAAAGAGUCCUUCAUUACUUUAAUCAGUGAUAAACUGGGAACAUUGUUUGAUCUGACAUUUCACAAUCUUUGUCCUAACAAACAACCUCCGAUAUUUGGUGAGUUAAAUAUCAAAAAUCUGUAUGAUUAUCAGGUUUUCACUAGUUGAAUGUGUCAAAAGCGAAACGUCUCUUGUGCGGCAAUACAAUUGGCAUAGGUUUGCAAAAAUGAUUCAAAGAUCAUUUUAUAAAUUGCUCAUCAUCUAUCGUACUUUGUGUUACUCAUUGGUUAUUCGUGGUUCUAUAUUUGUAUUAUAUCUAUAUGUAUUUUCCGGAUAUUGCAUGGAAAUCCGAAAAUCCGAGAUCCAAGUUGCAGGGGUCGUAACAAAACUUAAAAAUCAUUGAAGAUCCUUGAAUAUGGAAAGUAAAAUUCGAGACCUUAAAAGUCCUUGAGUUUAUAAAGAAGUACUUGAAAGUCCUUAAAUUGUUCUUGCUUUAGUGGAUAUUUUCUGAAAUUGUUUGGCAUUAAGAAUUGGGUCAUUUUGUAAGUUGAUUUUGUUCCAACCUCGUAUCCAGGGUUCUCUUUGUGCUGGCCGGCCAGCACAAAGAGAACCCUGGGUACGAGGUUGAUUUUGUUCAUGUCUUACAAUGGCCAAAGCUGUUCGAAAUUCAUUAACGUUGCUGUUUGAACAGUUUAACGUCACUUUUUACUGUCGAUUUCUACGCCUUCUUUUCAGCCUUGAAUUUCCUGAUACAUGACCUUGAAAGUCGUUGAAAAAUCCUUGAACUUAACCCUUCCUGACCUGUACGAACCCUGAAGUUGAGAUUUAAAAUUCUGAGAUGAUCUAGAAAUUUGUAAUAUAUGCCGAGGUAGCUGAGAAGCAUGACAAUCUCUAGUGUACCUUUUGGCAAAAAAUAUAAGAAUUGCUUUGUUGUGUAGGAAACACCACUGGUUAUUUUAUUUUGCAAAGCUUCGAUCUGUAAAAUCGAAUAUUUAUCAAAAUUGUUUGAUAUGAAAAUCCGUGCAUGCAUGCUGAUAGAAAUCUAGUGCGUUUCUACUCCAUGUUUAAGACGACUUUAAGGAGAUUAGGUUUGAAAGAAGAAAUUUGCGUCACAAAUCUGUUAUAUUAUCCAGGUGACUUUAUGAAGGAUGGUGAAGUUUAUGAAGAUCUAUCAGACUUUGGUGCAUUAAAGAAAUAUAUGGAAGAUCAACUGGAGGAUUAUAAUAUGGAACCUGGUGUCAUUCCCAUGAAUCUCGUGCUCUUCAGAGAUGCUAUAGAACACGGUUAGUGCAUUUGCAUUGAUAUCUGUGUAAAAAUACUAAUAAACGGAUAUUCUCACAUCCUGUUGAAAGAAUUUUCGUUUCACAGUCUGUGGUUAAUGUGCAUUUCGCCGGCUUCUUUUUAUUAUUUCACCUCGGAGUGUUUUCUUUGAGAGUACAAAACACACCGAGUUUCCUCUGAUACUCCGGUUACCUCUUGUAGUAAUAAUGGAACUCAUAGGAAUGACCAGGGCACAUUUAAUAUUACUUAGUGCCUGCAAGUAGAAUUCAGACUUUCGUAAUGUGGCUGCACAAAUGCAUCGUAUUUUAGGUUUUAGGAACUAAAUAUUGUCAGAAUUUUAAAAUACUAUCUAAUAGGGUCUACACAAAUUCAAAAAUUGAUAAAGCUUUCAGAAUUGAUAAAGCUUUUGAGUAUAAACAAGCUAGUUUAGUUUACUGUGUUUCUUCUCCUUACUUUUCUCUUCCUCUCUGUAGUUUCCAGAAUCGUCCGUGUUAUUGGAAAGCCACGUGGCAACAUGUUGUUGAUUGGGAUUGGUGGGAGUGGAAGACAAAGUUUAACAAGAUUGGCGGCUUACAUGAUUAGUUAUAAAGUUUUCCAAAUUGAAGUGACAAGAAAUUACAAAAAAGCGGAGUUUAGAGAUGGUAAGAACCAGGCUAGAUCUGGGACCUCUAUUUGCGGUUUAGGUCAUUUUGGUUUUGGAAUGCGUUGAUAUCGUGGAAAACGGGUUCGCCCUGUCACGUCCUGUUUCCCCCACUCCCCCUUUUCAAUGUUGCAGGUUGAAUGGUUUUAAUUACAAUCAAUUACAAUUACAAUGUCCAGUGUCCACAUACAUAAUUUCGGCUUUAAUUGUAAGUCCUUGGAAACGCGAACUCUCCGGACGAACGGUCUUGGCUCGAAACGUCACAAUUUCUGCUUAUUACAUCACUUCCUAAUACCUCUGUUUCUAUACUUUCUCAUACCAAUAGAUUUAAAGAAGUUGUACUUCAUGGCUGGAGUGGAUUAUAAACCGACGAUAUUUCUCUUCAAUGACACUCAAGUACUAGACGAAUCUUUCCUGGAAGAUAUAAAUAACAUUCUAAGCAGUGGCGAAGUCCCAAAUUUAUAUAAACCUGACGAAUUUGAGGAGGUUAGUGUUAUACUGUAUAAACUGUGAUUUUGUAUUAUUUAUUUAAACCUAGUACCCCUAUCUGGGGCAUAGGCUGUCAACAUUCCAUCCAUCUCUUCCUGUGUCUUUUCCUUAGGUCUAUAUCCCACCUUCUUUGUGUCUAGGAGGUGUUGGGUGGCGGUCAAUUCUCCGUUUGCCAUGAGUAUGUCUAGAGAGUGUUCGAGCCAUCUUCUUUUCCUUAUUUCUGCUGAGGUGUGGUUGGUGCGUUGAUUGUGUUGGGCCAGCGUGUGUAGGGGAUCUUCCUCGGAUAGGCGAAGGUCUAGAUUUUCUUCACGGCUGUCACUUUUAUGAAUCGUGCCAGUAAGUUUCGUGAACUAAUGUUUAAUUCUUAUUGGCAAGGUACGAACCGCGAUCUCCGAAGCAGCAAAGAACGAUGGUAUUGCAGAUACUCCAGAAUCAAUGUUCGCUUAUUUCAUUGAAAGAGUUCGAAGUAACUUACAUAUUGUUUUAUGUAUGAGUCCUGUUGGUGAUCCUUUCAGGUAACUACUACAGGAUAUAUGUAAAUAUAAUACUGGAUGUUUGAAGGUUUGCACGACAUAUAUAUAUAAUACUUCUCAAGGCCAUUUACACUUGCAAGUCUUGCUGCGAUUUUAAGUGCGAUUUUCUUCUCUGAUGUAUUGGAACGAGUGGAUGAGUUAGGAAUGUUAUAGAUGAGUGUACAUAUACUCAGAACAUUCAUAACUUAUUUACUCGUUCACAUCCAUCAAAAGAAGAAAAUCGCACUUAAAAUCGCAGCACAAAUUGCAAGUGUAAAUGGGCCUUUGUACAACCAUGCAGUCUUACAUAUUGUUUUAUGUUUGGGUCCUGUUGGAGAUAAUUUAAAAAUAAUACAGGAUGUUUGAUACUAGACGUCCGCAGGUUACACGACAUACGCCUAUACUGCAUCCUGUCCCACUGCCAACUGAUUGGCUAGACAAAGUUUUAACAUCUCAUAAGUAGUACUCAUCUUGAUGACGGGGACACUUUUGCAGGGAGAUUACAGUAUGAUAAUCGAAAAAAUUCAUAGAUAUGUUUGAAAAAUGUAGUAUAGGAAAAUCGUGAUAUUUUUGUUUCAGGAAUCGUAUACGAAUGUACCCAGCAUUUGUGAACUGUACAACAAUUGAUUGGUUCAGUGAAUGGCCAAAUGAUGCUUUGCUUGAAGUUGCUGAGAAAUAUUUAGAGCCAAUGGAACUUGGAGAUGACGAGGUAAUUAUUGCUUUAUCACGAGCAAUUUCAUAAUUAAACACAAAGUAUUGGAGUUCAGAGCUUCGACUCGUAAAUAUGAGAGUGCCACUAAAUUGUAGAAGGAUUUUGUAGAUGGAAAUUUCGAGAAAUCUCUGAAUUUUUACAUUUAUUAGACCUAACCAGGGCAGUUGCUCCUGGUUAGGGUAGUUGUUCCUGGUUAGGGUAGUUGCUCCUGGUUAGGUCAGUUGCUCCUGGUUAGGUCAGUUGCUCCUGGUUAGGUCAGUUGUUCCUGGUUAGGGCAUUUGCUCCUGGUUAGGGUAGUUGCUCCUGGUUAGGUCAGUUCCUGGUUAGGUCAGUUGCUCCUGGUUAGGGCAUUUGCUCCUGGUUAGGGUAGUUGCUCCUGGUUAGGUCAGUUCCUGGUUAGGUCAGUUGUUCCUGGUUAGGGCAUUUGCUCCUGGUUAGGGUAGUUGCUCCUGGUUAGGUCAGUUCCUGGUUAGGUCAGUUGCUCCUGGUUAGGUCAGUUACUCCUGGUUAAGGCAGUUGUUCCUGGUUAGGUCAGUUGCUCCUGGUUAGAGAAGUUGUUCCUGGUUAGGUCAGUUGCUCCUGGUUAGGUCAGUUGCUCCUGGUUAGGCCAGUUGCUCCUGGUUAGGGAAGUUGUUCCUGGUUAGGGCAGUUGCUCCUGGUUAGGGAAGUUGCUCCUGGUUAGGGAAGUUGCUCCUGGUUAGGGAAGUUGUUCCUGGUUAGGUCAGUUGCUCCUGGUUAGGUCAGUUGCUCCUGGUUAGGGAAGUUGCUCCUGGUUAGGUCAGUUGCUCCUGGUUAGGUCAGUUGCUCCUGGUUAGGUCAGUUGCUCCUGGUUAGGUCAGUUGCUCCUGGUUAGGGAAGUUGCUCCUGGUUAGGGAAGUUGCUCCUGGUUAGGGAAGUUGCUCCUGGUUAGGUCAGUUGUUCCUGGUUAGGUCAGUUGUUCCUGGUUAGGUCAGUUGCUCCUGGUUAGGUCAGUUGCUCCUGGUUAGGGAAGUUUUCCUGGUUAGGUCAGUUGCUCCUGGUUAGGGCAGUUGCUCCUGGUUAGGGCAGUUGCUCCUGGUUAGGUCAGUUGCUCCUGGUUAGGUCAGUUGCUCCUGGGUAGGUCAGUUGCUCCUGGUUAGGGCAGUUGCUCCUAGUUAGGGAAGUUGUUCCUGGUUAGGACUAAUAAAUAUAUAAAAUUCACACAAGUGGUGGUCAACUGGCCGUUUUCAGAGCGAAUAAUAAUGGAAAUUCUUUUAUUAGAUGUGAUAUAGUAAUAUUGCAUUUGAUGGCAUAUUGAAAGGAGAGAUGAGUCAAAUGUUAGUUAAGCUUUUGCUAAAUGUAAUACUGUUUUCUGUCUGUUCAUUUAGACUAAAAAGAACAUCGCGGAAAUUUUUGUCAACACUCAUCGAUCCGUCGUGCAUAUGUCAAACCGGAUGUUGUUAGAAAUGAAACGUCAUAAUUACGUCACGCCUACAAACUAUUUGGAACUUGUCUCUGGUUAUCAAAGGUACAGAAAAUGGAGUGAUCUGUCCAAUCUGACAAAAAAUGUUCUUAUAUUGACGAUCCUACUUUGCAAUUAGGUUGCUUACUAACUAAAGUUCUGGUAUAUUAUAGCUAUCUGAAUUUUCGGCAGGUAACUGUAAUUUAAGCGAAUGCAAACACAUUUUAGGUCCUUUAAAUUUAAAAAAACUUUUUAUACAAUUACAACAAUUUGUUUGAAAUUUAACCAGGUUCGUAUAUGAAUUGGGUUCUAAAUAGAAAAUGUCCAAAGAGGUUCAGUCUUAAAACCUAAGUUCAUAUACGCGGGAUUUUAUUCUAUUUUCAUAAGUUUCAUGCACUUUCUUUGUUUAUUUGUUUGUUUAACUUCAUUCGUGUACAUAUUAUGUUAUUUAGUUUGCUUUCUGAAAAACGUAAAGAACUGGGUGAUGCUGCAGCAAAGUUGAGAAAUGGUUUGGAUAAAAUUGAUGAAACCAGGGCAAAGGUACUGAAUCUCCGCGUCUAUUGGCCCAGGCGUAUUUUCAAAUGAAACGCGAUCAAGAUUUUCAGUCACUUACUUUUGAAAUCUGGGCAGUCGACCAACUCCAACGAAACUUGUUCCGUUUUACAGCUGAUAUUUCAAAACGAUAUUAUCGCAUAAAGCAGACCGCACUAAAUCUUCUUCAUAAGACUCUUUUGGAGCAUGACCAAUACUCGGGAAGUAUGACUUAUUUAAAAAUAAGUCAUACUUCCCGAGUACUGGUCAUACUCCGCUUUUGUUGUUUAUAUAUAUAGAUAUCUUGCGUAUUUUUUAAAAUUUGAACCAAUAUUCGGAAAAAAGGUAUAUAACCAAAUGAAAUCUUAUAGGAGCAGAAUUCCAGAUUUGAGGAAAAUUUUAUUCCACUUGUACCCACCAUACUCGAUAAGAACUGUUAAGGUUUGAACAAGGGCAGAACGUUGUUAGGAAGAUUAAUUGAGAAUUUAGGUUAAUACUGAUAUAUUUCAUAUCUUUGAUUUUAUACUAAUUUUAAUAUAUGGUUUUGCACAUAUUUAGGUUGAAUCAAUGUCAAUUGAACUAGAGGAGGCCAAGGUUAAAGUGGCGAAAUUUCAGAAAGAAUGUGAAGAAUAUCUGGUUGUAAUCGUACAACAAAAGAGAGAUGCAGAUGAACAGCAAAAAGUAAGUUUCAUACACAUCAUCAAGAUACGUAUUGAUUUCUGAUACUGAAACACACUGAAGGUUACUUCGUACGUGGAUCUUCCCAGACGAAGAUGCAGAGGGUCCAAACCUCAACCACCGUCAAAUAAAAUUAACAUCCUCGUUAAAAAGUAAUCAUCAAGCAUACAGUUCGUACUGAUAUUUUCAUUUUAGUAUUUGUGAUAUAAUUUGCGUUGGUGAUGGAGAGUGCACCCGCUCUAAAAAGAUACUCCUUUUAUCUGAAGUGCCUGUAUCUGCCCCUUGUGUAUUUAGUAUAUUAAGUUAUAAUGGUCUAUUAUCAAUGGUUACCCCCAUCGUGUAUUAACUAUCAUUUUUAAGUAUCUUGUCAGUGUUGGUCAUAUAGUGCCGUCGUCAUAAAUAAGUCCAUAAACAUUGUUUUCAUUUCUUCAGUUUGUAGCCGCACGUAGUGAGAAAAUUGGUGAAGAAGAAGAAAAAUGUCGUGUAAUGGCGGAGCAAGCCCAGCAUGAUUUGGAUGAAGCAUUACCUGCCCUGGCUGAAGCUAUGAAGGUAACAUUGUGAGCUACUGUGUAGCACCUGAUAGUCUGUUAUAAGAAAUUAAGUUCUGUAUGAAUAAUGUCGUGCAUGUUAUGGCAAGACAAGCUCAGCAUGAUUUCGAUAAAGCAUUAUGAAGAUAAUGCUAAGUAAUCUAUUAAGCAUUUGUUGACAAACUUGAAGACAUUGUAAUGUUCUCUCGAAUGUUUUCUCAUUUGUCGACAGACAUUAGGAAACAAAAUUUACUUCCCAAAAGGUGGAAGCGUUUCCUAACAUAUUCAGAAACAUAUUCUAUUUUUGUUGCCGACACAAUGUCCACUCUCGACAAAUAUAGCUAGUAAUCACUUUUCCGCAACAAUGUUGCUAGUUUGCCUAUGAAGCUUUAGAUCCAAGUCUGUGUUGGUGUGUGAGUGAGCCUGUACUUGUUUCACUAUCUCAUCUGAAUUCUAGCACCAUCAACCUAGCAUUACCAAAGUUUCAGAGUCAAUCUCCCCUCUUGGGUACUCGAAUUCUCUCCUAUACGUGCUAGCAAGUUAUUGUACUGGAACAGACUGAGUUUAAACUAUGUUCAACUGAGUUCAAACUUUGAUAAAACAACCACACAACUGCAACUAUAUUAUUUUUAAUACCUAUAUAUAGGCUCUGGAAGCAUUGAACAAGAAAGAUAUGACGGAAAUAAAGUCGUAUGGUCGACCACCGGCUUUAGUUGAAAGAGUAAUGGAAGCUGUGAUGAUCCUGCGAGGCAAUGAACCAACAUGGGCUGAGGCAAAGAGACAAUUAGGUAACAAUGAUAGAAUGUGUAGUGUAAAAUAUAAAACCGCUUUCUUUGGCUGGAAUUUAAGAAAUAGUUCUGUCUAUCUAUCGAGAUAUAGAAACAUUCGUGGAAGUUUAGCAACAUUUGUAUGAGCAGGGAAACGAGUCUGAACACAAAGGACGAGUUGUCAUUAAGACGCUGAGUCACUCAUUCUUGCAUUUUUUUAAAUUUCCUUGGGGGGGGGGGGCAGCUUUAGUAAGUGUGCAGUGUUAAAGGAUGUGUAUUUGAAAACGUCCUACCCUUGAAAAGACCCACCCAGAAGGAGAAUAUCAACCUGUUCUUAUGCCAAAUAGUUUAUUUUAAACCUUUGAUAAGAUCAGCUGUGGUGGACCAAGGGCCCAUCCCAUUUAAGAUUGGUCUUAAUGCACCAGGGCAUUCACAAGAUUUUUAUCUGAAGAAAAUACGUACAAUAAUACGUGGGCAGGGGAUCUUGCAUUAAUGUAUUCCUGGAAUAUAGAUUUAUUCCUCCUCGUACCGUAAUUCAUGCUUGGCUUCUUAACAAACUAUACAUUCCUUGCAUCAUGCUUUCAGGAGAACAGAAUUUUAUCAAGCAACUCAUCAACUUCGACAAAGACAAUAUGUCAGACAGAGUGUUAAAGAAAAUUGGAACAUAUUGUUCCCAAGCUGAUUUUCAACCUGAGAUCAUAGGUCGUGUUUCAUUGGCUGCUAAAUCAUUAUGUAUGUGGGUACGAGCUAUGGAAGUAUACGGUAGAAUAUACAGAGUUGUUGAACCCAAGAGACAGAGAUUGAAUCAAGCUACCAGUCAACUUAAAGAAAAACAAGCUAUACUCACGGAAGCCAAGGCAAAACUGAAAGAGGUAAUUUAUAAGGGAUAAAGUGGAUUACGCGAUAGUGUGAUGUGACAAAUGCUAUCGCCAAAAUGGCCAAAUCCACUAUAUCCAUCUUUUUCCUUGUAUGAAGGUGACCAUUAGUAUGUAGAAAUUGAAUAUUCACUCUUUCCAACAUUAGUAUGCUAUAUUUAAAGUAGGGAUUUUUCCUGAAAGUGUUUUUAAGUCAGCUGUAUAACAUUUAACCUCGAAUAUUUGAGAUCGUUAUUGACUAAUAUGUGUAUUUUGUGUCUCAGGUAACAGACAGAAUGGAGGACUUAAAGAGACAGUAUGAUGAAAAACUUGCACAAAAAGAAGAGUUAAGAAAGAAAGCGGAACUGACUGAAUUGAAACUAGACCGAGCGGGGAAGUUGGUGUCCGGAUUAGCUGGAGAAAGAGAUAGAUGGGAAGCUAGUGUCAAGGUACU